ACAAUAUUGCACGGUAUAUAGCACAAUAUACGUAAUAUAAAAAUAAAAUAUUAAAUUUCAGCGAAUUAGCGUGUGAUUGAAACAUUAGGCUCCUGUAUGAAGUGCGGGAAAUCCUUUGUUCACCAAACUUAUUAUUGCAUUGGACUUGGACAACAUUCUGAAAAAUAUUCCAAAAACUCAGGAUGACUUAAGAUUAAGAUUAGUGUAAGAAAAAAUGGCAGAAGAAAUCCUUGAGGAUUCGGCUGAUGUAUCUCUAGUUUAUGAACCUGGAUGGAUGCGACGUGUCUGGAACAGGGUCUGGUUUAGAACGUCGUCCGCUAGACUACAAAAUGCUGAAACGAGUCUUCUUCAACACGUUGGAGCUUCUUAUAAUGCAAAAUAUGUCAAAAUCGGUCCAAUUUUAUCCGACAAUGACAUUUACGUAUGGACUUUUAGUAGCAAUGAGAACUUGGAAGGUCAUCCAUUAGUCUUCCUUCAUGGGCUUGGAUCUGGGUUGGGAUUAUGGACGCUAAAUUUUAAAGGAAUGAUAGAAUCGCAAACGAGACCCGUGUACGCCAUCGACAUGCCCGGAUUCGGACGAAGCUCAAGACCAGAUUAUAGCUGCAUUCCUGAAGAGGCUGAAAACCAACUCGUUCAAGUAAUCGAAGCCUGGCGAGCCAAGAUGAACCUGGAAAAAAUUAUACUGCUGGGUCACAGUUUCGGGUAUUUGUCUUUCGCGUAUGGAUGUCGACAUCCUGAGAGAAUAGUUCAUAUUAUUUUGGCUGAUCCAUGGGGAUUUAAACGGCCUCCAACUAGGUUGCUGGAUGCAAAACACAGUCCAUUUAAAAAUCGUUAUAUCGCCAAUGCUUUGCAUGCUUUGCCCAUAAAUCCAUUGUGGUCACUUAGGGUUGCAGGACCAUUAGGACCUCGAGUCUUGAAAAUGAUAAGGGCUGAUAUCAUAAAAAACUUUUCGACCCAAAUUGACGAUGCAGAGACGAAGAUUUCGAAUUACGUAUAUCAUAGUAACGUGCAAAACUCAACGGGCGAAUCCGCAUUUUAUACUUUAAUGAAUAUGUUUGGGUGGGCCAAGAACCCAAUGGAGAUGAGGCUGGAGACUCUUGACGAUAAAAUCCCGUUGACAUUAAUUUAUGGAAGUAAAUCAUGGGUGGAUCACUAUCCGGCAGAGGAAAUCGUGAAUCGAAGACCAGGUUCUUACGUCAAUUUUCAUGUGUUGGACGCUGGUCAUCACGUUUACGCCGACAAGUUCGAAAGUUUUAACCAAAUCGUGAUAGACGCUUGUCAAGUGGGCGUAGGUGAUGCGGGACAACGUCAACAGGAGAGCUGAAACUUCGCCUUUCAUUGGUUGGAGAAAACCUCGUUUAAGCGAAAAAUUAAUAAUUCAUGAAAAUCGACAUUGUAAAGAAAG